CGUUCAAUUUGAGAGAGAGAUAAGAGUUAUAUAUAUAUAGAGAGAAAGAGAGAUAACACACCAUCCUCUAUUCUACUACUACAACUAAGAUAACACACCAUCCUCUAUUCUACUACUACAUCUAAUUAACUUCUAUUAUAAUUAUUAUUAAGACUCAUGGAGUUCAACCAUCAUUUCUGGGUUUUUAUUUGCGGUCUCAUAGGCAACGCCAUCUCCUUUAUGGUGUUCCUAUCUCCAAUGCCAACUUUUUAUAGAAUUUACAAGAAAAAAACCACGGAAGGAUUUCAAGCAAUUCCAUACAUAACAGCACUGUUCAGUUCAACACUUUGGAUUUAUUAUGCAAUAUUUGUGAAGGAUGCAACAUUUCUCAUCACAAUAAACACCUUUGGAAUUGUUAUUGAAUCAAUAUACCUUGCCAUAUUCCUAAUCUAUUCCACCAAAAAAGCCAGGCUUUCUACAAUCAAGGUUAUUCUACUGUUGAAUGUGUUUGGAUUUGGAGCUAUAGUUCUAUCAACUUUGUACCUUACAAAAGGAGACAAACGUGUUACAGUUAUAGGAUGGUUUAAUCUCAUCUUAAACAUUUGUGUAUUUGCUUCCCCUCUUGGCAGCUUGAGACGUGUGGUGAAGACAAAAUCUGUGGAAUUCAUGCCAUUUACUUUGUCUUUCUUUUUGACCUUAAAUGCAGUCAUGUGGUUCUUCUAUGGUCUUCUUCGUCAUGACUAUUACAUUGCUCUUCCAAAUACACUUGGAUUUCUGUUUGGAAUAAUUCAAAUGGUGAUGUACAUGAUUUAUCGGAAGAACAAAAACGUGGUGUUAGAGGAGCCAGUGAAAUUGCAAGAACUCAAUAAUAAUAAUAAUAACAAUGGACAUGUCAUUGAUGUUGUGAAGCUUAGCACAAUGGUACCCUCAGAACCAAAUCAUGUAGCUGUGAAUGUGACACUUGUUGAGGACAUAAAUGGAAAUAAUCAAGAAGAUCAUCAUGAUGAUAACCUCGACAACAAGAACCAAGUGUGAACCAAUGAACAAGAGUUUGAAGAAGGGAAAAAAAAAGAAGAAAAAAAAUUAGGUUUUUAACCUAAUUAAAAGUGAAAAUUAGUGGGGUCCUCUCAAUGAUCUCAUUUUCAACAUGGGGUGGUUUAAUUUUAGGGUUUAUGUUUUAAUUUUGGUUAAUUAUUGUUAUUAGUAAUAUUAUGUAUUGGCCACCUAGUACUAUUGUACGGAUACGUACAUAUAUUAAUGUUCAAUUAUUAUUAUUAUUAUUAUUAUCAUAAAAGCUUCACUCUUUUGACA